AUGUUUCUCGUUUUCAUCAUAAUAUACUUAAGAACAUCAUCAGGUUUUCUUCUUUCAACAGAAAAUCGUAUUUCUACUCGAAAUAUAACAUGUUGGAAUGGAUCAUCAUCAACAUUAUUAUUUAAUUGUGAAGCAUGUCUUGUUAUUGCACGCAAUUAUGAAAUUAGAACAUCACUUUCAUUGACUGGUUCUGGACCAUUAGGUAUAACAUAUCAAUGUUUAAAUGUUAAUCAAGUUGAAGCUUAUCAUGAAAAUCUUGUUCGUGAAUGUCAAAAUUUUCCACGUGGUACAUUAAAUGGUUAUGAUGAUUUUUGUAUUGCUUCACCAUAUUCUAAACUACGAGGUUCUUAUCGAGCUUGUAUGUGUACUAUAAAUGCAUGUAAUUAUAAUUAUACAGAAUGUGUUCAACGUAGUAGUCCUUAUUGGAAUCGACAAGCACCAUUAUUUAGUAAUACUAUUGUUCAAUUAACAAAUCGAGUUAAAUGUUUUCGACCAUAUGAAGAUUAUAAACAAUCAACAUUUUCUAGUUUAACACAACUUUGUCCAUCUAAUGAUAAUGAAUGUAAAAAUUUUUUAUUUGAUAAUGGUGUUUUAUGUUGGAUUAGUGUUGAUCGAACAAAUUAUAUAACACGACAAACUUUACCACCAUCAAUUUAUGUGUCUCAUUUAAUAAAAUAUAAAGCAAUGUUAUGUAGAUCAUUUACAUGGACAUCAAAAAGUAUUUAUUUUUCACAAUGUCAAGAAGAUGAAACAGUAUGCAUGUGUGCUAUAGAUGGAUGUGAUCAAGACUUAGAGACAUGUCAAAAAAGUAAAGCAAUACAUAUUUAUUAUUAUUAUUAUUACUAUUAUUCAUUUUUUUUAAUUUUAUUUUACUUGUAUUAA